UCUGUAAAUACUUAGAAAACCUGACACGGUAAAGCUUUUUACUGCUCAGCUGUGACAUCAUGAUCAUUCCCUUCGAGUGCGUGCUUUUAUUUCUGAAUAGGAAAACCGCAGAACACAGUGAAAGAUUAACAGCAGAACAAGAAAGUCAGGACAGAAUACAAUUAACUCUUGACAUCGAAACUCACUCCAGAAAACGACAAAACUCAGUUCAGUUUCUAUAGAUAGAAAAAAAAAGGAAUUGUCGCUGGAUGUUUUCAGGCUUUUACUGUAAAAACCCACUACUUCUCAUGCGUAGUUGCAUAGGCCUCUCUUUUUCUCUCUUUAAAAGACGCACCCAACAACAAAACUCUACCCUUUUAAGCUAAAGCUUUUUUUCUCCUCAUCUUUUCUCUCUCUUUUGCAAAGUAUCGCAAAUUCCUGGCGAUUUUGCAGGGCUGAAUAAACUGAUCAAUAAAGAAGACGUUGGCAGAGUGAAUUGAUGUCAAGAAUGAGAGCCCACUAAGAGAAAGUAAAACUACAGACAUCAGAGAGAAAGAAAGUACUGAGGCUUAUCUUUCAAUAUUUCAUAUUUACAUGAUGGUGACGAUGGUUUUCAUUUCAUAGGGAGUAGCAAACAUUUAUACUAUAUUUGCUCGAAACACCCAGGACUGUUGAUAGAUACAGGUCUUUUGCAGUACAAAAAAGGGCAGAGUAGUUGAUCGUGCCUGCUCUUAUCAUGUGCUUUGCAUGCGGGUUAUUAUGAUGGGUAUCGAUUCUUGUCCUUGUUGACGCAGUUCAUCGAAGAAACUGAGACAAAAGACGAGAAAUAGAGAAACCCAGUUUUUUUUUUUUUUUUAAUUUGUUUCUUUUUAACUGUUCUGUCAUGGAGGCUACAGAGAUUUGGGAAGCAUUUCAAUUUCCCAGGGUGCGUUUUUGUUUUUCGCAAAUAAAAGAACUUGCAUGGAGUUGUGUGUAAGGUUUGAGAGGGAUUUCCACUAGACUUUCGGCAGAUAAACAGAGAAAUCGUUUUCAUUUUUUUAAAAAUUUUCUGUUGCCUACUUUUGAACGCCUGAAGGUGGAUUUGUGUGACUAGCGCAAGCAGCAAUUCAUGGUAGUGUGACAUUAAUCAUUCCCAGUUGUUUCAUAUUACAAAUUUUGGGGCUGAUAUACACCUGAUAAGAGGUAGUUAUGCUGAGAAAUAGGUCCAAAGCAGUGACUAGCAAGCAAGCUUUGAUGGCUGAUCACAGCUUUCAGUCAUCCCCUGCCCAGAAUUGCAAUAGACCAAUCCCAUCUUUCUUUGGUUCUCCAAGAUUUAAAGCUUUCACCACAAAAGGUCUCACCGAGACUGAAGCUGUCAAGAGUCCUACUGCAAUCCUUGACAACAAAACAUUCUUUCCUUUUAGUAACCCCUUUGGUUAUGAUAAAAACCAGCCAAAAUCCCAAAAAGUUUUCUCACCUGAUAACAAACAGCACUCACCUGAAAAAAUUGAAUCAAAAGGUAUUGGUCUUGCUAUAGUCGAUACUCUCAACGAUAGGCCAAAUGAGGAUAAGAGUUCUUUCGAGACACGUAACAAAAAGGUUUUGUUCGGGACCGAGCUCAGAGUUCAGAUUCCUCCCCUCCCACCUUCAGUUUCUCCCGCUAAUUCUCCAAAAUCUCCAACUGAUUUUGGAAUCAAGACCAGGAAUUCACGUUUAUCAUCUCCCAUUUCUGGUAUCUAUACAAAGGAUUCUCCUCGUGUCUACACUGGAUGUCUUCCUGUUAGGGAAAUGGAGCUCUCUGAGGAUUAUACACGCGUGAUAUCUCACGGGCCUAAUCCCAAAACCACCCAUAUAUUUGAUAACUGCAUUGUCAAGAGCUACUGCAGUGUAUCGGAUAAGUCCAAGUCUGCACCAGAGAGUUUCCUCAGCUUUUGUCACACAUGCAAGAAGAAUCUUGAACAGAAAAUUGACAUUUACAUUUACAGAGGUGAGAAAGCCUUUUGCAGUCAGGAGUGCCGCUAUCAAGAAAUGCUCCUGGAUGGAGAGGAGAACUAAGAAUUUCAUUACCUCUUGGAGAAAUAGUUUUCAAUUGCAAUUUGCAAAUGAUUGAUUCCAUAAACCAAAAUUGCCAGUUUUUUUCUUACAGUGUUUAGUUUUCUUUCUUUUUUUUUUUCUUUUUCUUUUAACCCUCUCCCCUGCAUAAAUACAUAAGAGAGGAUGAGAUAAUGUAGACUUGAAUUAAUUUUGUUCGAGUAAUUUAUAUGAUUGCCAAUGGGCUUUUUUCACAAUAGUUUUUUUCCUU